CUUUACAGUCUGCACCUUCACUCAUUCAAUCCACCUCCACACUCUUUAGUGACCCUCAACAUGCGCAAGUCCACUCGCGCAGUUGUCGCUGCUCUGGCAGCAGCCACUGCUCAGGCUAGUUCCCUGUCCGAUCUCUGCACUGUUUCCAAUGUUCAGUCCGCCCUUCCUUCCAACGGCACCCUCCUGGGAAUCAACUUGAUCCCCUCCGCCGUCACUGCCAACACCGUCACCGAUGCCAGCUCUGGCAUGGGUAGCUCCGGCUCCUACGACUACUGCAAUGUCACUGUUACCUACACCCACACCGGCAAGGGUGACAAGGUUGUCGUGAAGUACGCCCUGCCCGCUCCUUCCGACUUCAAGAACCGUUUCUACGUUGCCGGUGGUGGUGGUUUCUCCCUGUCCAGCGAUGCUACUGGCGGUCUCGAGUACGGUGCUGCCUCCGGUGCCACCGACGCCGGCUACGACGCCUUCUCCUACAGCUACGAUGAAGUCGUCCUCUACGGCAACGGCUCGAUCAACUGGGAUGCUACUUACAUGUUUUCAUACCAGGCUCUUGGUGAAAUGACCAAGAUCGCCAAGCCCCUGACCCGUGGUUUCUACGGUCUCUCCAGUGACAAGAAGAUCUACACCUACUACGAGGGCUGUUCCGAUGGUGGUCGUGAGGGUAUGAGUCAGGUCCAGCGCUGGGGAGAUGAAUAUGACGGUGUCAUUGCCGGUGCCCCUGCCUUCCGCUUUGCUCAGCAGCAGGUUCACCACGUCUUCCCUGCCACUAUUGAACACACCAUGGACUACUACCCUCCCCCUUGCGAACUUGACAAGAUCGUCAACGCUACCAUCGAAGCCUGUGACCCUCUCGACGGCCGUACCGACGGCGUUGUCUCCCGUACUGACCUUUGCAUGCUGAACUUCAACCUCACCUCCAUCAUUGGCGAGUCCUACUACUGCGCUGCACAGAACUACACCUCCCUGGGCUUUGGCUUCAGCAAGCGUGCUGAAGGCAGCACUACUAGCUACCAGCCCGCCCAGAACGGCAGCGUCACCGCUGAGGGUGUUGCUCUCGCCCAGGCCAUCUACGACGGUCUUCACGACUCUAACGGCAAGCGUGCCUACCUCUCGUGGCAGAUCGCCGCUGAGCUGUCCGAUGGUGACACCGAGUACGAUUCCACCACUGACUCCUGGACUCUGAGCAUCCCCUCUACCGGUGGCGAGUAUGUGACCAAGUUCGUGCAGCUCCUCAACAUCGAUAACCUGGAGAACCUCGACAACGUUACCUACGACACCCUGGUCGACUGGAUGAACAUUGGUAUGAUUCGCUACAUUGACAGUCUCCAGACCACCGUCAUCGACCUCACCACCUUCAAGGAGUCCGGUGGUAAGAUGAUCCACUACCACGGUGAAUCCGACCCCAGUAUCCCUACCGCCUCGUCCGUCCACUACUGGCAGGCUGUCCGUCAGGCCAUGUACCCCAACACCACCUACACCCAGUCCCUGCAGGAUAUGUCCAACUGGUACCAGCUCUACCUCGUCCCCGGCGCUGCUCACUGCGGUACCAACUCCCUCCAGCCUGGUCCUUACCCCGAGGACAACAUGGAGAUCAUGAUCGACUGGGUUGAGAACGGCAACAAGCCUUCCCGCCUCAACGCCACCGUCUCCUCCGGUACCUAUGCUGGUGAGACCCAGAUGCUUUGCCAGUGGCCUUCUCGUCCUCUCUGGAACAGCAACUCCAGCUUCUCUUGUGUUCACGACUCCAAGUCCCUUGCUACUUGGGACUACACUUUUGAUGCUUUCAAGAUGCCUGUUUUCUAAGCGGGUUGAAUAAGAAAGUAUGAAUAUUGGAAGGUCCUUUGAUAGGAUCUCUAUCCGCCUGUAUGUAGUAUCUUCGCUUCGAUAGUCGUUGUACUUCCACCUUUUGUGUCUUCUUCAAUCUGUAUACGUGUGAAGAGACUUUAAC